AUGUUGGUCUUCGUCUUUGUCAUCGAAGUGAUUGCGGCGGCCAUCUUCUUGGGAUCCCUCUACGUGUGGUAUCUCAUCCGACAUGCGAAAUCACCGAAAAACUUCAAACGCAAGAAGGUUCGAACACUGGUAGUAAUGGGUUCGGGAGGGCACACAACAGAGAUGACAGAAGUGCUGAAAACGUUACCUUCACAAUUCGAAUGCGUCUUUGUUCUCGCCGACACGGAUAGAAUCAGUCAAGGAAAGGUCGAAGAAAUCGUUCGUGAGAGAGCCGAUCAAGCAUUAUCCAUCGAAAGAAUUCCAAGGAGUCGGGAAGUUGGGCAAAGUUAUUUCACCUCAAUUCUGACCACACUUGUCGCAACAAUGCAUGCACUUCGUAUAGUAUGGAAUACAAGACCAGAUCUUGUGCUGACGAACGGACCGGGUACGUGCAUUCCGAUUUGCGUGGCAGCAUUUUUCUUCGAUCUUUUCCGUCUUCGCGACACUCCAAAUCAUUUUCAUCGAAUCAAUUUGCCGGAUCACUUUUGGGUCUUGAUGACCAAAAGUAGUCUGAAGUUCUGGAAAGUAGGACUCCCUUUUUUCACGCUUUUGAUUGGUAGCGCGUACGGGCUACACUUUUUUCAGGAAGUUCGCUACGACUUUCGCCGUGUGAAGAAAGAGGACACAAAUCUUGAGCAAAUUAAAACGGAUUUGAGCAAGAGCGGCAUCAAAGUGAAAGACAAAGUCACUGUCGAGGAUAUCUACAAGGAGAUAGCAGUCGAGGAUACAGAGAAUUGGACCAAUAUUCGUGGACCGCACGAAAACGAGGAUAACUCCGAGUACUUUAAAAUCCAAAAAGAACAACGAGAGCAACGUGACCGUGCUCUCCGAAUGGCUGAGAGGAUUCCUGCCGAAGAUAGUAUUAAUAGCAAUCCAACCAACGAUCAAGAAAACCCUCCUGAACCCACACUUGGGCUUCCGCGAAACGAUUCUUUGUCAGCUUCAAUUCGUGCUGAACGCGGCUCGCCAACCCCCGAAGUCUUCGAAGUUGAUUCGCUUUCUCUGCCGGAAAUUCCUGCUGAAGAUCCAGCACCAUCAAUCGCUUCAAGUUCUAUUCAAGCGAACCAAGGAAGCAUUUGCUCGACCAGUCAACUCACUGGCGCACAUCCCGUGGAUCCACAAGCUGAUCAGGCUAACCCUGCCCUAUUGUCCCAAUUGAUCGAAUUGGGAUUUGACGAUUGGACCUCAAAGCUUGCCCUUCAAAGAACGCGUAACGCUGGUGUCGAGGCAGCUGUGAAUUGGAUAAUUGAAAGGAGCAACGAGAGCGAUUUUGAAUCAUCACCAAGCUCGGACGAAGAAGAGCCAAUAGAUCAAGAAAUGGGAGCUGCUCAAUCCGGCGAAGGAGCUCCGGCUGGCUUUGAUGCUGCUAGUUUGAUGAAAUCGUUGGCUAAAGGUGCUCGCACUCAUAAGAUGGUUUUUGUCGCUAAUAUGGGUCUCAAGAUGGGCACAGGAAAAUUGGCUGCUCAGGUCGGUCAUGCUUGUUUAGGCCUUUACCAAAAAGCCGUUGCGAGCGAAGAAGGAAGACAUGGAGUGAAUAGUUGGGAAAGAAUGGGAGCUGUUAAAAUUGUUGUCAAAGGAGAAAGCACAGAGCAACUGAUGAAUUUGUUCAAACAGGCUAAAGAAGCGGGUUGUGUCGCUUAUCUCGUGCAAGAUGCUGGUUACACGCAAAUCCCAGCCGGAUCUCGCACCAUUCUUGGCGUUUUUGGACCUGUUGAGGCUGUCGAUUCAGUAACCGGCUCUCUUAAACUUCUU